AAUUAACCUGAUGACCGAACUCCGGAUUUCCCAAGGCUUGCUGGCCAGCUGCGCACUGGUCUCUGCAGGCAGAGUAAUCUGUCAAUAUUACUACAAAUGAAUGGCGUUCGCAAACUUUGGGGAGGAGGAAACUCAUCUACCAACUCAUCACCAACACCAGCACCUGGACCAGCAACACCCACAACGCCGCCUCCGUCAACCACGCCCUCUGAAGCAUCUCCUCUCACGACAACCCCGGGACUUUUCAUCAAGAAAAACAAGAAACAGUCAUCCGUGGCAUCAUCUGUCAGUGGCUCUGCGAACAGUUACGGCUCAGACCGCUCCCCCUCACCUCCUACCCGAGUAACUUCUCCCUUACGAAAACAAGUCCCAACCCCAGUCCCAGGUCCCUCAUCUCCCCGAAUUCCACCUCCACUCCGAUCAAGAACCUCCACCGCUUCAGAAUGGAAACGCACUUCAGGACUACUCAACAUAAGAGACGACCUCCUCAUGAGUCUUCUUACAAGCGAAGCGGUCGUAGAAAGCCGUGAAUGCGAGAUCUUGAGCGGAGAAGAAGUCGAAGAGCUCAAAAAGGAACUCCAAAUUCUUAAAAUUCGACUCGCUGCAUCGCAGAAGAAGCUCAAGCUAGAAACAAAGAUCCGCGACGCGGCUUUGUCUCUUUCAAAAGUCAACACCGCGCACAAGAAAGUUUCAAAAGCCACAGAUGACCAGCUGGACGCUUCAGAACGCAAAGUCAAUGCUGCCCAGACAGAACUUUGGCGUGUUUCAGAAAGAGCCAGCGAAGUCGAACGAAAACUCUUGGAACAUCGUUCAGGCGUGCUUGGUUUUUCUGUCGUAAAGAUGGAGAGAAAGAUGACGCCUAGUGCGGACGUUUCGGGUUUGAAUACGCCAAACAGGAGUUCGACACUUAGCUCCGUUACCACUACCUCUCAACCGCCGAAAGCCCGAUUCGACGGUGCUCACCUAUUCGCAGGCCACGCUGACGCACAAAUACCCAAAGCCCCGCCAUCCGUCAAUGAUGUCGUCGCGCUCGAAGACAAGCUUCGCGCUGCAACAGAAGCUCUUAGCGCUGCGAACCAGAAACAAGCUGAAAUGGCCCGCGAGUUAUCCCAUCUCCGCCUCGAGAAAGAACAGAUUGAAACGACGAUGGGUAUGGAACUGCAGACUGCGGAGGAAACUGUUGCUGCACUGGAGCAAGAGUUCCCUCGCCUGGAGGAGCUGAAUACGAAAUGUCAGGAAUUACUCGAGGAACGUGCGCAGUGGGAAGAGGGCAAGUCUCAGUUGGCUUCUCGGGAGAAGGAGGUGGAGAGGUUGGAGAGGCGGUUAGAGGUCUUGGAGGAGAAAAGCGGCGAGGCAACUGAAAUGGAACGUGUUCUUUCGGACGUGCAAGCAAAGUGCGAUGCGGAGCUGCAGGCAAAAGACAAGGAGAUCGCGGCGCUGAAGACGGAGUGGGAGGGUGCAAGAGAGGAAUGGGAGGCGGAGAAAGCUGUGAUGGAGGAGGACAAACUUGCAGAGCUUGGUGCACUCCGGGACGAGCUGGAGGAUGCGAGAGAGGGAUGGGAGGAGGAGAGAGCUGUGAUGGAGGAAGACAAACUCGCAGAGCUUGGUGCGCUGCAAGACGAGCUGGACGAUGCGAGAGUCGGUGGUGAAGUACGAGCAGAACUGGAUGAAGCUAUCGAGGCACUUCGGACGGUGGUGCAGCUCCAUGGUAUCCAGGCCUCGUCGGAUUCGUCCUUGCAGGGUCUUAUUUCCUCAGUCGCUUCGCAUCUUGAAACAUUGUCGGCUGCGCUUCAGGGGCAUAGCGACAGUCAUGCACGCCUCGCAGAUGAGCUCCGACUUCAUCUGGAGAACAAUGACACCCUCUCAAAGGAUAUGGACGCUGUUCGCCAGGAAAGGGACAGCGCACAACUCGAAGUCCAAUCCCUAGAGUCACGGGUCAAGGAACUCAUCGAUGCCUCAUCAAUACCCACUGACCCCCCAGUCGAAUACAAAGGCGAAGCAGCAGACAUCAUCGCCAUUCUCCAACCCAUCUGGAACAUCCUCCCCGCACCCGAACUCCGCGCAUCCAAACUAAACAGCAAACGACACCUCCGAAAUCCAUCCACCCUCUCAAAUGCAGGCGGAUCAUCGCUAUCUAAAUCCACACUCUCCGACAUGGACGUACGCGCGCUCAAAUCUCUCUACGACACUCGCUCUCAACCACCUACUCCUACUCUAGCAACUCCGACUCAACCCACAGACCAAACUCCAAUCAAAGGCACAUUCAGCAUCGAAGCAUUCGUCUCGCGCAUUCAAGCGCUUGUCAUAGACGACCGAGCACUAAUCGAAAGACUUAUCCGGUUCGCCCAAGCACACGACCUCCUCAAGAAAAACGCAGAACGCGCUCAAAAACUUGCACAAGAUAGUAAUACAGCGCUUGAGACGUAUCAACGGCAGGUAUCGACGCUUGAGCGGCAGAAUGUCUCUUUGGUGUCGAAGCAGAAUGCAUUGAUGGAUGAGAUACGUGACCUACAAGAUGCUGUCGAACGUGCGGUUGGUGAGACGCGCGAGAUGGAGAUGCAUGCUGGGGAGCAAGCGGAGACGUGUCGACAGCUCACAGAGGCUAAUAACGCGCUGAGCGCCAAGACGCUGACGCUUGCUGAAGAGGCAGCUAUGGCACCUGAGAAGGUACGCAAGCAGCUUGAAGGUCAACUUGCGGAGUGCACAGAGGCUUUAAGGAAGGCGAGAGAGGAGGUGGAUGGGAUGAAAAUGUCGGAGCAGACACAGAGGAUUGCGUUGUUGGAUGAGCUUAAUUCCAUGCAGACGGAGAAUGGGAAUUUGAGGGCGCAGUUGAGGGCAAAGAAAUAGGCUGGGUUGGGUUUGAGCCCUUCACGGUGACGGUCCACCUGUCCACCCCAACUCUCACUCAGCUGUCCUUCCACGCUGGGGAUUGCUGAAGCGAAGUAGUUCAAACCUCC